UUUUGUAUUUAUCAAUUUCAUUCUAUGUAUUGCCAAUUAACAAAAAAUAAAUUGCAAUGACAAUUUUAAAAAGAACUAAAAUUAGUAGAAGGUUCGUCAUUGAUUUGUUUGUUCGCAUUAUAAAGUUGAUACGACAUCAAUUGCAUAUUCUUUAUCUUAUCCCAUAUAAUUUCUAGCUCUAAAAAUAUCUCAUAAUUGUUAUACUCUUUAGUAUAACAAUUGAUAGCAAUAUAAUUCGAAUAUGGUAGUAUAAAUUCAAUAUAACAGUAUAAUAGUAUAACCUCGAAAUAACUGUGAUUUCUUCUUCAAUAAAAAAUUUUCGUAUAUAGUAAUAUAUACAGUAUAAAAAUAAAUAUCGUUAUUUAUAUUGCUGUAAAGUUUUAAAGGUUAUCUGAAAUUAUAUUUUUGAUAAAAGACCUAAUGUGAGACAAAAUGCCAAAGGUAGUUUCAAGAAGUAUUAUAUGUUCUGAUACCAAAGAUCAAGAAGAAUAUGGCGAAGAAAAACCAUUACAUAUUUAUUAUUGUUUAUGUGGUCAAAUGACAUUGAUUUUAGAUUGUGCUAUUGAAAAAUUACCACUAAGAAAAAGAGAUGGAGCACGGGUCAUUGAUGGUAGCAAGCAUGCUCAUAAAAUGACUUGCGAACAAGAUGAAAUUGUUUAUUUGAAACGUCCAGAAGGAAUAGAAAAACAAUAUCGACAAAAAUGUAAAAAAUGUGGUCUUUUUCUAUAUUAUAAACAUGACCUUAGCGUGAAUAUUGUAUUUAUUGUAAAAGGUGCUGUGAUAAAAAGUUCUGGUGAAGGUCCAAUGACUGAUAUAUAUAAUCAAGUAGCAAUUGAAAAACCUAAAAAAAUAAUGGUAACGAAACAUACCAAGAAUAUGGGCAAAUUUAGUUCAGUAACUGUAUCUACGAUAGAUGAAGAAGAAGAUGAAAUCGAAGCUAGAGAAGUUGCUGAUUCAUAUGCAAAUAAUGCACGAAUCAUAGAAAAGCAACUUGAAAGAAAGGGAAUGAAUAAAAGAAAAGCUAUGCCACCAACUGAAACAAAUAUUAAACGGACAAGACCAAGAGGAACAUUAUUAGAUGUAUAGUUUGUUAACUACUAUGUAUUCUGAAGUAUCAUAAAGUAUAAUGAAGUUUUGUAUUCUAAUUUGUAUUAUAGUUUUAUAUUAUAAGUAACAUAUUUUAAAUAUAUUUUUAUAUAUUAAAAUGAUUUUUCUAAUUUAUAUGUUUCUAAGUUUUAAGUUAGGUAAUUUUAAGUUAACUGAAAUAUUUUAACACUUUUAAAUGUUUAUUAACAUUACAUAAAAGUAAUUAAUAUACAAAUGACUAGAUAUAAACAUUGCAUAAAAAUGUACAUUGCAAAAUAUAGAUUAGAAUUUAAUAAAUAAAUAUAUUAACGUACAGUAUAUUAAGGCAAAGCAAGAAAUUUAUGUUUUGUAGAUGUCAAUGAAAAUAAAAAUUAAAUUAUUCUCCAAUA